AUGAAAGCCACGCCCCUCAUCAUCAAUUGGCACGACCAGAACGCUCCGGUCUAUUCGGCUCACUUUGAACCAAAUGGAAAAGGACGUCUCGCUACCGCUGGUGGUGAUAAUCAUGUGAGAAUAUGGAAAGUUCAGGUGGAUGGCGAGGAACGAAAAGUCGAGUAUCUCUCGACACUCUCCAAACAUAACCAGGCUGUCAAUGUUGUCCGCUGGGCCCCCAAAGGCGAACUACUCGCCUCUGCCGGCGACGAUGGCAACGUGAUACUCUGGGUUCCGACCGAAACGCCUCAGAACAAUUUCGGAUCCGAAGCUUCAGAUGACAAGGAGUCGUGGAGAGCCAAGCAUAUGUGUCGUUCUAGCGGUGCCGAGAUUUAUGACUUGGCCUGGUCUCCCGAUGGCGUCCACUUCAUCAUUGGCAGUAUGGAUAACAUAGCGCGAAUCUAUAAUGCCCAGACAGGAACGCUGGUUCGCCAAAUCGCCGAGCACAGUCACUACGUUCAGGGCGUUACCUGGGAUCCUCUGAACGAGUAUAUCGCUACACAGUCGUCCGAUCGAUCCGUUCAUAUUUACUCUUUGAAAACAAAGGACGGCCAAUACACCCUAAGCCAAGAUGACAAGACUCCCAGGCUCGCAAGCCACAUCAAGGCCGACCUACCCCCUCGACGCAUCUCUUCCAGCAGCCCUGCUCCUCCUGACUUCGGCCACCGCUCCUCGCUCGCCGUUCUCGACUCUGCCCCCUCCGUUGGGUCGCCAGUUCCUUCUGCGCCGGGCACACCAACCUCGUUUGCCCUUCCCAUGAACCCUCCAAGCGUCGUGAGCCACAGCCGUCGGUCUUCCUUUUCCUCUCGCCGAUCCGUAUCCCCGGCCCCCUCGAUGCCGCUACCAGCUGUCAUGCCGAUGGAUCCUUCGCCGAAGCCGUCGUCAACCAUCAGCGCUGGUUUGGGAAUGAAGAAUGCCAACCUCUACGCCAACGAGACCCUGACUUCGUUCUUUCGACGACUCACGUUCACGCCCGAUGGGAGCCUGCUCCUGACUCCAUCUGGGCAGUACCAGAAUCAGCACCAGGCCGAAAAGGAUGCAAAGCCGACGUACGAGGUGAUCAACACUGUCUAUAUAUAUACCCGAGGGGGCAUCAACAAGCCUCCCAUCGCCCACUUGCCAGGCCACAAGAAGCCGUCUGUGGUAGUAAAGUGUUCUCCCAUAUUCUACACUCUACGCCAGUCUCCGCCCACUACGAGAAAUAUCACCAUUGAUACAUCAUCCGCUGAGGAGCCCAUUCCGUCUCUUCCUGAACCUCUCUCGAAGCCCUCCCCAGCUCCCUCCGUAAUGGACCCGCCCCCUCCACCUGCAACCGCAACAAGCGAGUCAAAGAGCUCAAACCUGGAAGUGAACUCAUCUACCCCUGGCCCUAGGCCUGCCUUCUCACUGCCAUAUCGCAUGGUAUAUGCGGUAGCUACUCAGGACUCGGUACUGCUGUAUGAUACUCAACAAAAGUCCCCUAUUUGCGUCGUGAGCAAUCUCCACUGCGCUACCUUUACCGAUCUUGCAUGGUCAAGCGAUGGUCUAACUUUGAUGAUAUCAUCUUCCGAUGGCUUCUGUUCUUCUCUAUCCUUCGCAGCUGGCGAAUUAGGCGAGGUCUUUAAGGGCGAGAUUCCUCGAGCCAAGUCCCAGACAACUGUGUCGUCAUCAAAUCAGAAUACCCCUAUACCAACACCGACGACCAGUUUCGCGCCCCCGUCGCCGUUUCCAAACGGCUCACAUCACCAUCAUCGCAAUUCGGCAAGCUCUUUCACGGCUCCAUCACCGCCUCCGUCUGCUUCGCUCGCUUCUCAACGCCCAUCCUCUCCAGCGAGGUCCAAUUCGACAUCGUCGAUUGCAACCAUUACGACCCAGUCAAGCACUGUGCCCACGGGCGUGAUCAGCAACCCUACCCUCAUUGCUGGAAGCGUCCCAGGAAUUGCAGCAGCAAACUCGGGUAAGGUGACGGGGGUGCCUAUGACAACACCUCCGGAGACGCCACGGAGCACCACAGGCAGUGUUGCGGGUACCAAGCGAGAUACGAGCGAGGGUGAAAGAGAGGAGAGCAAAGAGCCCAAGAAGAGGCGAAUUGCACCAACUCUGGUUGAUCCCAAGGCUUAG